AUGGAACAAGGAAACUUUUUAAGAAAGGCACUCCAGCAAGCUGAUGGGCCGAGCAUGGGACUCUGGCAGAUGGUGCCUGGCGCCAAUGUGUCUCGUGCCCUCGCUCGCGUGCCAGGCGUCGACUGGGUGGUGAUCGAUUGCGAGCACGGCAAUAUCGACGGUGAGUUUCGGUUCAUGUCUAGCAAUUACUCCCCGAAAACUGAAACUGUGGAAAUAGACAGCGCUAUGCACGACGCAGUCCCUGCUGUUGCUGCGGCUGGUGCGUCUCCUAUAUCGCUUGAGAUCCUGGUACCUUUGCUUCGCACCGCUCAGGAAGCCAGAGAAAUCGUCAAAGCGGCCAAGUUCCCUCCUCAGGGCACACGUGGAUUUGGCUCUCCUUACGCAAUGGAGCGCUUCAGCCCCAUGCCUACGAUGACAGAGUAUCUUCAGCAGGCAAAUAGCAGUCUUCUUACUAUAGUCCAGAUCGAAACCCAGGAGGCCCUCGAUAACUUGGAGGAAAUCGCAGGUGUCGAUGGCGUCGAUGUCUUAUUCGUGGGACCAUUCGACUUAGGCAACAACAUCGGACAUCCUAUCAUCCAAGGCGUCGUCAAGGCAGAACUGAGAGAGGCGGUUGGGCGUGUGCUCAAGGUUAGCCACAAAUUUGGCAAGAAAUGUGGAAUCUACAGUACCUCCGGCACACAAGCGAGGCAAUAUGCCGAGGCUGGGUUCGACAUGAUCCAUGUGGCAACUGACUUUACAUCAUUGCAAUUUAUCAUGACGCAGGAGGUCAAUAUUGCUAGAGGAAUAGAGGGUACUGAAAAAGGCGGUAGCUAUUAA